AUGUCUGUUGCGAACCUGGAGAAGAUUAUCAAAGGCGUCCCGUCACACGGCUUUCUAUGCUCGCCGGAAUUCCUUCCUGCGGUGAAGGAGAAGGGUGCAUUGGCCUUUUUACUAAUGGAUCAAUAUCUUUUGGGGGAUGAAUCGUUUUGGGCUCCGUAUAUCAGAAGUCUUCCGGAAGAUAGCCAACUCACGAGACUUGAAUAUUACAGUGACGAGGAUCUAGAAUGGCUAGAAGGAACUAAUUUGCUAAAGCUACGCGAAAAUAUGCUUAUAAAGCUGAAGACGACGUACGAGGUUGGGUUGCAGAUGCUCAAGGAAUCUCCGAAUAAAAACACAAAAAACUACACUUGGGAGCGAUUUCUUUGGGCGUCCUCGAUAAUUAUAUCUCGCGCGUUCUCGUCCGAGGUCCUAAAAGAUUAUGUCAAAAAUUCCAAAUCAAUUAAUGUAACUGGAGGUGAAUUUUCAGUUUUGGUACCGUUACUCGACAUGACCAACCACCAGCCCCUGGCACAGGUGGAAUGGAGGACUUCACAGGGCGUGGUUGGCCUCAUCGUGCACAAAACUCUCCUCCCAGGUCAAGAAGUCCCUAACAACUACGGACCUCGGAACAAUGAACGCUUGAUGCUCAACUACGGAUUUUGCAUCCCUGGUAAUAUAUGUGAUUACCGGGAACUUUCCCUAAAGCCUCCAGCUGGCAGCCCAAUACUUGUAGCCAAGAAAGAGCAGUAUAAACGCUUUGCUACGCCAGGAUCCAUUCCAAAUGAGGAUAAAUAUUACGUCUAUAAUAUAUUUUACCCCUUGCCUUCUCAGUGUCGAACGUUGGAGACCUCCGUCUUUUCUUUGGGCUUAUUAGAUGCGGUGGCGGUGAUGUCAGCCAAUCGUCGAGAAUUAGCUGACCUGCAGAUCGAAGAGAACAGAAUAUAUAUUCCAUUCGAGAAAUACGGCGGCUCCCGAUGCCUUCUUUACGGACUUGGCCAAUUGAUUAAGAUAUUGAUGCAAAAUGUUUUGAUGAUAAAAACCAGCGCGUGUUUCAAAAGGGAGCCGAAAAAUUCAAAGCAGCACAAUGCGACUUUCUAUAGGGAAGGUCAAAUGUACAUAUCGGAGUGUGCCAUCGCGAUUGCCGAAUGGACGCUGCAACGAGCAAAGAGUGUGGAGAUAUUAUGCUCUGAUUAUUCUAGCUGGUUCGAUAUCCUCAUGAAGGCUCUUCCCGAGCGGCGAUUUAACCAAAGAGUCUUGAACAAAAUUCAGUCGCUAAUCACGGACCAUCCCUCGAGCUUGAAACACGGUGGGGAGUUGUUCUAUGGAGAUGCUGUUUCCCAGACCCUUGCCCGAACUGCGAAAGAGCCCUUCAAAGCCUGUGUUAGAGGUAUUCUCGAAGCUAUGGGUGACCCGAAGGGAGACAUUCCGACCCCAUUCGAGACGAAGCUUGUUUAUACGAUAUUCAUAUGUUUUUGUGCUGCAGCUUACCGAAACAUCGAUCAAAACGCAAAUUCAUCGGACGAUGAGGACCGCGGUAUUCUUCCGGCUCGUCUCCGACAGUGGGUUGCGUUCUUGAUUGAGCAUUAUCCAGAACCACCGCAAGAUGUACGUUGGGUUCUCGAGGACGAUGAUGCAGAGAAAUCGUUAGACUCUAUAGAGAAGAUAUUCAAGAAGACACGACGCCUGAAGUAUGGGCUGUUUCCUUUGGAAUACCUGAUCAACAGCUGGAAGGUUGUUGACCGGAUGUAUUGGUUAUCAGGCAAUUGGAUGCGGUGGGCUUGGCUCAUUACCAGGGACGAGACUGUGGAUCUAGCAAGAAGCCCACUGUCCUUUUUGAUGGGUGUGGAAUCCGUGCCGAGAACAUUAGAUCAGGCGCCCGUCGAUAGCUACCUUUACAUUCCACAUGAUCCGAGGAGCGUUGAGGCCAAGUAAAGGCGGAUAUCGCAUCUAUAGAGGGGAAAGAGGUCGAUAUGGCAGCUGCAUGUAUUUAUACUCACUGCAUUGAGACACGAGCCGUAAUGCAUCAUUUUAUUUU